AUGGACGAGAGAUCAAGUAGUAGUGGUGCCAAGGAGACCGUCGUCAAAUCGGUCUCCGGCAUAACGGCAGCUUCGGUCGAGGAUGGCAGUAACAGCGCUGAGCAGGCAGAAAUUGUGCGGAAACGUUUACAAGCAUGCGAAAUUGUUUCAGCGGAUGUUAAUGACAUAGCAUGGGAAGCAAAUAAUGAAGAAAAAACGUUUCAUGAAUUACAACCAGUCAGUAAAAUAGAAUAUGAAUUCUUAAUUCCGAGCACUUCUAAGAGGGUGUUAAAGCGAGCUCAGGAUAUCACAAAAGAACGAAAAAAUGAGCACAAACGGUGGCGUGCAGCAAUCGAUGGAUAUGCACAAUAUUCAGAAUGGAUUUAUAAAGUUAAUGAAAAAGUGGAAGAUAUGCCAGAUUUGGAUGGUGCCGAAAGUGUUGCUGCUACCACCGAAGCUACAGAUGACCCAGAAGCAGAAUAUUUCAUUGCUGUAGAUUCAAUGAGGGAUGUUAUUGACCAGAUUCAGAAAGCUAGAGCAGCGCAGUCAGAAGAAACAGCAGAAUGUGAUGCAAAACUGGAUGAAAUCUUGAAGUACUGCGAAGAACAUGCAAAAAAAAGUUUAUUUGAGGACAAAAAUACCCAGGAUUAUCAAAUGUUUGUAUGCUUUGCUUGCGGUCGGGUUUUCGAUGAUGAGAUAACAAUGCGAAAUCAUGUGAACGAAAUUCAUCUUUCUAACAAGGACUACAUUUUCAAAUGUAGUUACUGCUACAGACGUUUCAAAAUGAAACAUCAUUUGCAACGCCAUGAACGCACACAUGAUUUAUCACUUGUGCAUAUUUGUAAUCGGUGCUCUUCAUCAUUUCGGAGCUUCGAAUCAUUAGUUGCUCAUAGAAGCAGAGCUCAUGGAAUCGAUGAGAACGGUGAAAAAAUUUUAAAUUUGAAAUACAAUUGUAAUAAAUGCAAACAUAAGUUUGGAACUUUUAUCGAAUUAAAUAGGCAUAAAUAUUUUUGCUUGAACGAAUCUCGCGUUAAACAGCCAAAAAAAGUCAGUGGUGCUUCCCCUUCUUCAUCCACUAGUUCAAUAUUUUCUAUGUCCUCACGACCGAAAGUUGAUAAAACAUGCAGAAUAUGCAGUAAGAAGUUCGCAUCGCGACAGUCAUUGAUACGACAUAUGGGUCGAAUUCAUCCAGAAGAAAGAAUUGAUGAAAUUAAACAAUAUGAAGUAGUGCAAUCGCCAGAUCUUCCAUUUGCUUGUAAUAUUUGUUCGAAACGUUUUACGACCAGAACACUAAUGUUAGUUCAUCGUAAGCGACAUGGGGGAAGGAAUUUUGCCUGUGAAUUAUGUGAGAAGGCAUAUCCAUUAGCAAGUGAAUUACGAAAGCAUAUCAAGCGUGUACAUGGAGAUUCUUCGGAGAGUUACACGGCAUCAAAAGUUUCGCGUGCAGAAUUUAACGAUGCAUAUGUCGUCGAUAUGCAAAAUCCAGGUGUUGAACAACCAGUGCCGGUAGAGCAGAGCAGUAAGUGUGAUUAUGAAGAUCUUACCGAUUUCAGUGUUAUGUAA